AUGACACUGCAGGCGCCGCAGGGGAACCCUAAGCAUGCACUCAAGGUUGAUUGGGAAAUGGGGGAGCUCGACAGACACCCGUGUUUGUUGCCUAAGGCUAGUCAUACCGAGACGUUAAUCGUGUAUCCACCUGCAUUGGCGAAUACCGUGGGGGUGGAUAUCCAAAUAGAUGGCAGGCAUAUUGCGUCGGCAGUAUUGGUCAUGGUGCCAACGUCAAGAGGCCGCAUUUCGCUGAUAUCAGCGGACCCGAGUGUUGCGCUGAUGAUCAAUCCAGACUUCUAUGCGACGGAAGUAGAUCGCACAAUUCUGCAUGCCGGAGUACGCCAGGUGUUGCAACUAAUCAAGAAGACUCCUGAAGGGAAGGAUAUGGUCCAGAGCGAGGCGACAGGGCCAAAAAUUUAA